GCUUCAGACUUCACAAAUCCAACAUGAUGCAAUCAAGACUUUCAGCUGUCUUCUGUUUCUUGUUGGGUUUGUCAUUUUGCCUGGCAAUCCCUAUUCCCAUUGAAGACAGCCAUGAAUUCACAGAGAAAGACCUUCAGUUUGCAGAGCGCUAUCUCAGGACCCACUAUGAUCUCCGUCCGAAUCCUGCUGGCAUAAUGAGGAAGAGUGCCAACACAGUGGCAUCUAAACUUCGAGAAAUGCAAGCUUUUUUUGGCUUGGAGGUGACAGGAAAAUUAGAUGAAGAAACAUAUGAGCUGAUGAAGAAACCAAGAUGUGGUGUCCCAGAUGUGGGAGAAUAUAACUUUUUCCCUAGAAAACUCAAGUGGUCAAAAAAUAAUUUGACAUACAGAAUUAUGAAUUACACUUCAGAUCUGAGACGUGCUGAAGUAGACAGAGCUUUCAAAAAAGCAUUCAAAGUGUGGUCUGAUGUGACACCACUUAACUUCACCAGAAUACGAAGUGGCGUAGCUGAUAUCAUGAUCUCCUUCGGAACUAAAGAACAUGGUGACUUUUACCCCUUUGAUGGACCCUCUGGAUUACUGGCUCAUGCGUUCCCCCCUGGCCCAGACUACGGAGGAGAUGCCCAUUUUGAUGAUGAUGAAGCUUGGUCAGAUGAUUCUAGAGGGUAUAACUUGUUUCUUGUUGCUGCCCAUGAGUUUGGUCAUUCACUGGGACUUGAACACUCUAGAGACCCUGGAGCUCUGAUGUUUCCAAUUUACACAUACACUGGAAAACAUGGUUUUGUGCUUCCUGAUGAUGAUGUGCAAGGGAUCCAAGAGCUCUAUGGUGCUGGAGACAGAGAUCCCAACCCAAAACAUCCGAAAACACCAGAGAAAUGUGAUGCAGAUUUAUCACUUGAUGCAAUAACAGAACUUCGUGGAGAAAUGUUGGUCUUCAAGGACAGGUUUUUCUGGCGACUGCACCCUCAGAUGGUUGAGGCAGAACUGGUGUUACUUAAGUCCUUUUGGCCAGAGCUUCCAAAUAAAAUAGAUGCAGCUUAUGAAAACCCUGUCAAAGAUCUUGUGUUCAUGUUUAAGGGAAAGAAAGUGUGGGCUUUGAAUGGCUAUGACAUAGUUGAAGACUAUCCUAAAAAGAUAUAUGAAAUGGGGUUCCCAAAACAAAUGAAAAGAAUAGAUGCAGCCGUCCAUAUUAAAGACACUGGCAAGACCCUCUUUUUCACUGGAAAUAAGUACUGGAGUUACGAUGAAGAGGCAGAGGUUAUGGAAGCAGGCUACCCCAGGCUGAUAGAGGAAGAAUUUGCAGGAAUUGGUGAUAAAGUGGAUGCAGUCUAUCAAAGAAAUGGUUAUCUCUAUUUCUUCAAUGGACCGCUGCAGUUUGAAUACAGCAUCUGGAGCAAAAGAAUUGUCCGUGUCCUGCAUACUAACUCCAUAUUUUGGUGCUAAUUACAGCUGAGUGCCAUGUCAUAGGCUGCAGAGCAGUUUGUAGUACGUGGAAAUAGUAAUAUGGGCAUAUGGAUUUAUUAGUGGACAGCAAGGUUCUGUGAACAAGCACUGGCUACCUACCACCAAAUGUAUACUGUAUAUAUGGAACUACAUAGCUGUAUGUCAGUCUGGAACUGAGUUAACUUAAUAGGAAAGAAGAAAAUUAAUUGUUAGUAUUUCAAGGGGCAUUGCACCAUUUAAAGUUUGUCUUUCAUUAAAGUGAGAUGCUGGAUACAUCCUACAUGAUCAUGAGCACUGUAAUUCCCUAUAAUCUGAGCAUGUCUAGCAUCUUCAAGGAU